UCUGUAUCGUGUAGUAAUGCCUACUUUAAGAAUUUCGCGCGAAAACAGACGCAUUUUCUUCGCGCCGGUGGUAGUGAGAUCUUUCUAGCGUGCGAGGUCAUAAUAACGCUAUGGGAAUACACGGGCUUGCAAAGUUGAUUGCAGACCAUGCAGCCGCAGCCAUCAAAGAACAAGACAUCAAAAGCUUCUUUGGGCGAAAGAUUGCUAUUGAUGCAUCGAUGUGUAUCUACCAGUUUCUUAUCGCGGUCAGACAAGACGGCAAUGUUCUACAGAACGAUGAUGGAGAGACCACAAGCCAUCUUGUGGGCCUGUUCUAUCGGACCAUCCGCAUGCUGGAUAAUGGAAUUAAACCUGUCUAUGUGUUUGAUGGCAAACCCCCACAGCUGAAAUCUGGAGAGCUGGAAAAGAGAACGGAGAGGAGAGCAGAAGCUGAGAAACAACUUGCCCAGGCCCAGGAGGCAGGUGAGCAGGAGAACAUUGACAAGUUCACCAAGCGUCUUGUGAAAGUCACAAAGCAGCACAAUGACGAAUGCAAGAAGCUGCUCUCGCUAAUGGGAGUCCCUUAUGUUGAAGCUCCCUGUGAGGCGGAGGCCAGCUGUGCUGCCCUGGUAAAGGCUGGGAAGGUGUUCGCCACGGCAACAGAGGAUAUGGACGGAUUGACGUUCGGAACCAACGUCUUGCUGAGGCAUCUCACAGCCAGCGAGGCAAAGAAACUACCCAUUCAGGAAUUUCAUUUCAGUCGCAUUCUACAAGAAAUUGGGCUUUCACAUGAACAGUUUAUAGACUUGUGUAUCUUACUGGGCUGUGACUACUGUGGGACCAUCAAGGGUGUUGGACCUAAGAGGGCAAUUGACCUGAUCAAACAACAUGGCAGCAUUGAGGAGAUUCUGGAGAAUAUUGACCUCAAGAAAUACCCGCCACCCGAAGACUGGCUGUACAAGGAGGCCCGCAGGCUCUUUCUGGAACCAGAGGUGGUGGACUCUUCCACCGUGGACCUCAAGUGGAACGAGCCAGACGAGGAAGGACUCAUCAAGUUCAUGUGUAACGAGAAACAGUUUAAUGAGGAACGCAUACGUAACGGCUGCAAGAAGAUCAUGAAGAGUCGCCAGGGAAGCACUCAGGGACGUCUGGAUACCUUCUUCACAGUGACAGGCUCACUGUCCUCCAAACGCAAGGAGCCACAACUGAAUGGCUCAGCCAAGAAGAAGCAGAAGACUGGAGCAACACCUGGUAAAUUUAAGAAGGGCAAAUAAAAGGGUCAAGAAGGCAGGAGGACAAAUCAUUGGAGUACAUUCUUCUAUUCCUUUUUUCUGAAUUCCGUUUCACUCUUUCUUUAUGAUUCAAAGCAAUACUGGCUGCAAUAGCCUUUUAAUGAACUUGUGUUGACAAAUGUUUUAAUAAAUAGUUUUGUGUGUGUGUACCUUGAAUAAAGUUUGAGCGCGUA